CAAACCCCAACAAAUUGCAGAAACUCCACUGCAACUCCCAAACAUUGGUCCGCCAUGUCCUCCUGCAUCUCCUCCUCCUAUCACCACUGCGCCCGCCGCCUCCCCGCCCCGACGGCCCGGGUGCACCUCGCCGCAGCUAACUCGUGCGUGUCCCCUUACCACAGACGCGUCGGUUCCCUGAGGGCAAUGAGAGCCAAGGCGCCGUCGAGCGCGGCGCCGGUGUGGGAUAGGAAGGCCGCGGCGGUGCAGGCGGAGAUGGUAGAGGAGGCGGCCAUGUCGUGUGCCAUGCACGGACUCGUCGUCGGCGACCGCGGCAACCCGAGAUCUGGAACAGUCCCAGGUGUUGGUUUGGUUCAUGCUCCAUUUUCACUACUUCCAACACGUUUUCCAGCAUCUUUUUGGAAGCAAGCAUGCGAACUGACUCGUAUUUUCAAUGAGCUUGUGGAUCGUGUGAGCUUGGAUGGGAAGUUCUUGCAAGGUUCUUUGUCUAGAACAAAGAAGGUUGAAGAUUUCACUGCUUGGUUGUUAGAAAUUCAUGCAAAGAUGAUGGCAGUAAACAAGAAAGAGGACCUUAAUCAAUAUAGUGAAGUCUUAGGUCUUGAUUCUGAAAGGAUUCCUCGGAACUGGGCAGCCAGUCAAUUUGCUGAAGCAUUGGGCAAAGCAUGGGUUGAGUAUAAUAAUGAAAGCGCUGUAGUUACGAUGGUUGUUCAAGCUGAAGAAAGAAAUAUGUAUGAUCAGUACUGGCUCAUCAAUCAUUUGAAAGAAUCAUAUCCUUUUGUUAUGUACUAUCUUUUCCCUUUCGCUGCGAACCUCAUAACACAUGGUGUGAUGAUCAUUAGGAAAACUUUGGCACAGGUGGAGGCCGAAGGACUAGUGCUUCCGGAUGGAACACUUGUGGUAGAUGGACGACCUGUUGUUGUUGUGUAUUUCAGAGCUGGGUAUGCACUGACUGAUUACCCUUCAGAAGUGGAACGGAUUGCAAGGCUUUUCAUUGAACAAUCAUCUGCUAUUAAGUGCCCUUCAAUAUCCUACCAUUUAGUCGGAACCAAAAAGAUCCAGCAAGAGCUAGCAAAACCUAGUGUUCUUGAAAGAUUCCUUGACAACAAGGAAGACAUUGCCAAGCUACGUAAAUGCUUCGCAGGGUUAUGGAGCUUGGACAAUGAUGAAAUAGUGAAAUCAGCAAGAAAACCUGACUCGUUUGUCCUGAAACCUCAACGAGAAGGUGGAGGGAACAACUUGUAUGGUCAUGAUUUGUGAGAAACACUGAUCAGACUAAAGAACGAACAGGGAGAGGUGCUUGCGGCCUACAUUUUGAUGCAGCGGAUUUUUCCGAGAGCUUCUUUUACUCAGCUUGUCCAGGGCGGUGUCUGCUCUGAGGACCUUUCAAUCUCCGAGCUUGGAAUAUUUGGAUCCUACCUGCGGAACAAAGAUAAGGUAGUCAUUAAUAGCCAAUGUGGUUACUUGAUGCGCACUAAAGUUUCUUCAUCAAACGAAGGUGGAGUUGCUGCAGGAUUUGCAGUUCUGGACAGCAUUCUCCUCACAGAUGAGUGAGAUAGGAAGGUGGCGGGGUUACAACUUACAAGUCACUAGUGACAGCACACACCGGAUGAGGAACUGAACUCACAGACAGAUGGAUGAAUGUUGGAACUCUCAUAUCCGGAUUCAGUCCCUUCCGUCUGCAGGCAUAGGAACAGAUAAUGCAUGUGCAGCUUUCGCUGUGCAAAAUAUAUGAGAUGGAACAGGCCUUGGAAAGGUCGGACAGAUUAGUCAUGUUCAUGUAUAUUUUGUAGUAAUACCAAGUGGGAAUUAGGUCUGGGGACAAAUCAUCAUAAUUGUUUGGAAAACUCUUGUUUCAA